AGAUCACACAUCCAAGAAACACAUUAUUCCAUCAUGGCUGAUUAUUCUACCAUCCCACCCACUGCAAAGGUUCAGCCUAAACCUUACAAGGUUGAGAUUGAUGCAAAUGAUAUUUCCUCCAUGAAGCAUUUGCUCGCUCAUUCAAAGAUUGGUCUUGCUACCUAUGAGAAUCAACAAACAGACCGUCGGUUUGGCAUGAACCGUGACUGGCUCAUCAAUGCUAAGAAGCAUUGGGAGACCGAAUACGAUUGGAGAAGAUGCGAGAAAAACAUCAACUCGUUCCCCAACUUCACGAUCCCCGUGACCGACGACAAGGGCUCGGAUUUCACAAUCCACUUCCUCGCUCUCUUCUCGAAGAAAUCCGAUGCGAUUCCUCUCAUCUUCCUCCACGGCUGGCCAGGAAGCAUCCUCGAAUUCUUGGGCAUGCUCACAGUGAUCAAGAAGCAGUACCCCAACCCUGAAGACCUACCUUAUCACAUUAUCGUCCCUUCAUUGCCUGGAUAUGCGUUCUCCUCUUCUCCACCGAUUGAUCGCGAUUUCAAGGCUGAUGACAUGGCGCCUGUUAUGAAUGCUCUGAUGAUUGCACUGGGCUUUGGAAGUGGAUAUAUCGCUCAAGGAGGUGAUCUCGGAAGUUUCAUUGCCAGACAGUUGGGUGUGGAAAAUGAAGAAUGUAAAGCGUUCCACUUAAACCUCUACCAACUCCCCGCCCCCUCCAACGCCUCCUCCCUCCCAAUCUCCCAAACCGAAAAAAACGGUCUCGACCGCGCAAAAGCAUUCACAGAAACCGGCUCCGCCUACGCCCGCGAACACGGCACCCGCACCGCAACAAUCGGUCUCGUAUUAUCUUCUUCCCCUCUAGCCCUGUUAACUUGGAUCGGCGAGAAAUUCCUGGAAUGGACGGAUGCGGAUCCAACACUGGACGAGAUAUUGGAUUCGGUAUCCUUGUAUUGGUUGACUGAUACUUAUGCCAGAUGUAUUUAUCCGUACAGGACUAUGUUUGGUGGUGGAGCGGCGAAACCGAGAUUUGCCCAUCCUUCUUCCAAACCGCAAGGAUAUAGUUAUUUCCCAAAGGAAAUCUCGCCCACGCCUGUUUCUUGGGUCAAGGAGACUGGAAACUUUGUGCAUACGGCUAGUCAUGAGGAAGGUGGACAUUUCGCUGCCAUGGAGAAGCCUGAGGUGCUCUGGGGUGAUGUGGAGGGAUUUGUCAAGGCGGCUUGGAAGUGAGUUUUUGAUCUCUCUCUUUGACAGUGGAAAGGGGACGAGAAUGCGUGUUUCUGUUGGCGAUGUUCUCAUAUGAUUAGAAUGUGAUGGCUAAUUCGAGCUAUGGUUCGUGAUAGCCCGUCUUCUUCUUCCAGAGCGAGACAAUCGAGCAAGAUCUAAAUAGUGUAUGUUGUGUUUGAUUGUGGUGUGUAGCAAUAAAUACAGCAAUGCUCUCUCUAGCGAUGUGUUCCGUGUGAAGCUAUCUCUUCUCGCUCAUACAGGGGCUCAUUCUUUCACAAGCCAUAGC